GUGCCCUCAAGACUUAGCCACCAAUUUUUAUGUUUUGCUGCAGGGUGAUAUGCUUCGUUAGGCUGCCACUUACUUGGUCAUUCAUUUCCAAGGGACAAACAGAAACCGGAGAUUGAAAUGACGAAAUGUGCAAGUCUAGCCACAACUUAUGGUCUGCCUACUGGUAGACUUCUGAAGAAGUUAUCAGUAGUAUCUGGAAGUCGUUUCUUCUCCACACAGUAUGAGGAACCAGAGUUGAAGGAUCUAAUGGAAUACAUGGAUUCUCUUAAAAACUAUGAAAAAUCUGGUGUGCCCAAGGGUGCUGGUACAGAUUCAGAGGAUGGAUUUGAUUUGGGUCGAAUGAGUCGCCUCAUGGACAGGCUUGGUAAUCCUCUCUCUAAGUUCAAGGCCGUUCAUAUUGCUGGGACCAAGGGAAAAGGAUCUACAGCUGCAUUUCUCUCAAAUAUCUUGCGCGCAGAAGGGUAUUCUGUUGGUUGUUAUACUAGCCCACAUAUGAUGACAAUCAGGGAACGUAUGUCAGUUGGAAGAUCGGGACAUCCUGUUUCUGCAAAGUCUUUGAAUUGUCUUUUUCAAAGGAUUAAGCAUGUUCUUGAAAAGGCUGUGCAAAUUGAAAAUCAUUCUCUCUCACAUUUUGAGGUUCUUACUGCUAUGGCGUUCACUCUAUUUGCGCAAGAAAAUGUUGAUAUUGCAGUUAUUGAGCAGGCUGGAUUGGGGGGUGUCCGUGAUGCAACGAACAUUAUUAGUGAUUCUAUGCUUGCUGUGUCAAUUAUAACAACUAUCGGUGAGGAACAUAUGGCAGCACUAGGUGGUUCUCUAGAAAGCAUAGCUGUGGCGAAGUCGGGAAUCAUCAAACAUGGUCGUCCGUUGGUUUUGGGAGGGCCAUUUCUACCACACAUUGAGCACAUUCUUCGUGAUAAAGCAUCGUCAAUGUGUUCACUGGUAGUAUCAGCUACUGAUGGUGGAAUCAGAGCUACCGUAAAGGGACUGAGUUUUAAUGAUAAACCUUGUCAAUCUUGUGACAUAAUAAUACAAACUGAGAGAGACUUCCAACUUUCCCUUGAAUUAUUUGAUGUGUCUCUCUGCAUGCUUGGAAGUCACCAACUUCAGAAUGCUUUGACUGCAGCAUGUGCAGCACUCUGCCUUCGCAAUCAAGGAUGGAAAAUUUCAGACAAAUCUAUCAGGGCUGGUUUAGAGGGUACAUGCUUGGUUGGACGAAGCCAGUUCCUUACAUCCAAGGAAGUCGAGGCCUUAGGAAUGCCUGGAGCAACAAUACUUCUAGAUGGAGCACACACUAAAGAUUCUGCUAAAGCUUUGGUGGACACAAUAAAAAUGACCUUUCCAGAGGCAAAACUGGCUAUGGUGAUAGCAAUGGCUACUGACAAGGAUCAUUUAGCAUUUGCAAGAGAAUUUCUUUCAGGUGUAAAAUUAGAGGCUGUUUUCCUAACGGAAGCUGAUGUUGCUGGAGGCAAGACCCGAAUAACUCCAGCUUCGAUGUUAAGGGAUUUUUGGAUACAAGCUUCCCAAGAGUUGGGGAUCAAUAUUGUUCAUGAUGGUAUGGCAGAGUAUAAAGAGUUGUUGGAGGAUGGCGCAAUUUAUUCUCCAAAGGCAUCUGAAAAAAGGACCUUAAUUGUUGCUGAGAAAUCAUUAGCAGUUUGCAUGAAGGUUGCAAAUCAGAUUCUUUUGAGAAAAUCAGGUGGUAUUCUUGUAAUAACGGGAUCUCUACAUAUUGUAUCGGCAGUAAUAUCAACCCUUACUGAGUAAAGUUAUUUUAUCUCUUUUUGGCUCGAGUA